CCCGUUUUCUCCUGGCACAGCCGACGACGUCUCUUUCCUUCAUCCCUAUUUCAUUCAAACUUUCCAAUAUGAGAAUCAUUGUCACUAGCGAAACCGACGAAAUUUAUAAUCUAGAAAUAGAUGCUCAAAUGGCCAUUGAGGAUUUGAAAGCAUUGCUCGAAGUCGAGUCAGGAACCUCUCCCGAGCAGCAAAUCCUAUAUCACAACGGGCAGCCUUUGACGGAGCCUAAAAAGACAUUGGAGGAAUAUGGCGUAACCCAAGACGAAUUGAUCCUCAUGCGACAGAAAUCAUCCUUGGAAGCCAUCAAUGCAAAUGCCGGCAGCGGAAAUCCAAACUUUGACCUUAUGCGCCAACAUGUCGUACGCGAUCCACGUCUGCUACAGCAACUUGCAAAUACUAAUCCCGAGCUGGCCAGAGCAGCUCUGAACGAUCCUGCCCGAUUCUCGGCAAUGGUGCAACAAAUUGAGGAAAGUCGUCGACAAGCUGAACAGCGACGAACACAAUUGGUCGCAGCCAAUGACGAUCCUUUUGAUGUCGAAGCACAAAAGCGCAUCGAAGACGCCAUCCGUCAACAAAAUAUUGCCGCCAACUUGGAAGCGGCCAUGGAAUACAAUCCAGAAUCUUUCGCUAGAGUUAGUUAUAUCAACGUCACUGAUGGUCAAGCUUGGGCGAUGACUAAUAACAACGUUACUUUAGGUGACUAGAUUAUAUAUCAAUGUCGAAAUUAAUGGGCAUAAACUUGUGGCGCUUGUAGACUCUGGUGCACAAAGCACCGUUAUUAGCCCUGAAACCGCGGAAACAUGUGGAUUGAUGCGUCUAGUGGAUACACGAUUCAAUGGUAUU